AUGGCAUUGUCCUUCCCGCUGAACAACGCCCCCUAUGGCCUCGUCGCCAUCGCCGCCGCCCUCAACGCUCCCGAGUCCACCAUCUCCCUCAAGCCCGUCCCCGCAGAGACUUCCACCACCACCAGCCUGAUCCCUCAGGGCACCGCAAAGCCCGUCAAGAUCUCUGGCCAGGUUGCCAUCGCCCGUUAUCUCGUUCGCUCCCUCGCCUCCAACUCUCUCUACUCCGAGUCCGACCUGGCCCUCGUCACUGCACAGGACAACCUCCUUGAUAUCGUCCGCCAGACCAUCGCCACCCCUAAGCACAUCACCACCCUCGCCACCGCCGCCAACUCGGCCUCGACCGCCUUUUUGCUCGCCCAGGACAAGCCCCUCCUUGCUGACUAUGCUGUCUGGGGUGCCAUCACCGCCUACACUAAGAGCCACUCCCUCCUCGCCAACCUCAAGGAUCUGGAAAAGUUCACCGCCUGGAUAGCCCGCAUGGACCAGCGCCAGGAGUGCAAGCUCGCUAUCGAGCGUGUCGACAAAGUUCUCAAGGACGCCCAAGAGACCAUCACCGCCGAGGCUACCUCUCUUGCUGCCGAAAAGGCCAAGCUCAGCUCCGUGGUUGACGUCCCCACCAUCGAGGGCUCUGAUCCCGACACCGACCCUCUGGAUGCCUUCAAGAACGUUUUGGCUGCUCAGCUGUCGACCCUUGUCGAUGUCGAUAUCAAGAUCCUCUACGACGCUUUGGAGGCUCCCAGGGCUUCCGAGAACGGACACAUUGCUCUCUCUGUCCCCCGUCUCCGCCUCAAGGGCGCACCCGCCGCUAUUGCCGCCGAUAUUGUCGCCAAGUUCCAUUUGAACGAUUACGUGUUGUCGACCAAGGCGGAUGGACCAUUUGUCAACUUUUUCUUGAACCAUAUCAAGUUGGCCGACUCCUUGUUCCACAAGAUUUACGAUACCAAGGAAAAGUGGGGAUGCAAUAAGUCUGGAGGUGACAAGAAGGUCAUUGUCGAGUUUUCUUCGCCCAACAUUGCCAAGCCCUUCCAUGCAGGACACUUGCGCUCGACCAUCAUCGGAUCCUUCGUCCGUAACAUCCUCCAGGCUAACGGAUACGACACUCUCAGCAUGAACUACCUUGGAGACUGGGGCAAGCAGUACGGACUUUUGGCUGUCGGAUUCGAGCGUUACGGAUCCGAGGAGAAACUCCUUGAGGAUCCCAUCAAGCAUCUCUUUGACGUCUAUGUCCGCAUCAACGUGGACGCAAAGGAGAACGAGGCUGUGCACGAUGAGGCUCGCGCUUAUUUCAAGAAGAUGGAGGAGGGUGACGAGGCUGCUCUCAAGAUCUGGACCCGCUUCCGUGAUCUGUCGAUUGUCAAGUACAAGGAUAUCUAUGCCCGCCUCAACAUUGCCUUUGAUGUCUACUCGGGAGAGUCCCAGGUCACCGACGGGAUGGAGCGCGCCUUGAAGAUGUUGCACGAGAAGAACUUGCUCACAGAGUCAGAUGGCGCCUUGAUCAUCGACCUCACCAAGUACAAGCUCGGCAUCUGCGUUGUCCAAAAGAAGGACGGUACCACCCUCUACAUCACCCGCGAUAUUGGCGCCGCCUUGGAGCGUUACGAAAAGUACGGAUUCGAGCAUAUGUAUUACAUUGUCGCCUCGCAGCAGGACCUUCACUUGAAGCAGCUGUUCAAGAUUCUGGAACUCCUCGGAUUCGAGUGGGCCAAGAAGGUCACGCAUCUCAACUUUGGCAUGGUUGGGGGUAUGUCGACCCGCAAGGGAACUGUCGUGUUCUUGGAGGAGAUUCUCGAGGAGACCCGGGACGCCAUGCACGAGGUGAUGAAGAAGAACGAGCACAAGUACGCACAGAUUGAGGAGCCCCUCGAGGUGGCCGACAACAUUGGAAUCUCGGCCAUUAUGAUCCAGGACGCCUCCGCCCGCCGUAUCAAGAACUAUGACUUUGACUGGAAGCGCAUGUUCUCGUUCGAGGGCGACACUGGUCCAUACCUCCAGUACGCCCACGCCCGUCUCUGCUCGAUUGAGCGCAAGACCGAGAUGGAGGUCAACCCUAAGGCGGACCUGCGUCAUCUUGGCGACUCUCGGGCAGCAGGAGAUUUGAUCACGAUGAUUGCUCGCUACCCCCAGAUUGUCCGCGAGACGACCCGGUCGUUCGAGCCUGUGAAUAUUGUCGGAUAUGCGAUGAAGCUGUCGCACAACGUGUCGCAGGCCCUCGAGUCGAUGUAUGUGAUGGGAGCCGAGAAGGAGUUGGCCGAGGCGCGUCUGUUUAUGUACUGGAGCGCGCGUAUUACGCUGGGUAACGCUAUGCGUUUGUUGAACUUGAAACCCCAGGAGCGCAUGUAA